GGCCGCCGUCUCUGAGACUAGAAUUAGUGACGGCGUGGAUUUAGUAGUUCGCAACACUGGAAUCGAGAUCACAUUUAGGAUUAUUUGGUGCUUUGUAUCAGCGCGUGAUUGGAUACAUCCAUCGAAAAUAUACAGUCAUCCUGUAUGUUUUCAGCGUCAAGAUUUCUAUAUUGUCCGUCCUGUGCCUAUUUGUGGCCCCCUGGACGACGGCCGUGGUUGGUAAAGGAAUUUUGCGGUCAGCCGUGAAUGAUCAGCAGGAGCAGACCGCUGCUAAAAAAGACAACACAAGAUGCUUCGGGUUCAUGUUUCGAACUAGACGCAGUUGUUACAUAAAACGACUGUCUAAAUUAGCUAAUGAAGCCGCACGUUCGGUGGAAGUUGUUCUGAAAAAACUCGAUAAUCAACAACUUGAAAAUUUAAUGCUUUCCGUGGAAAGCAAAGGUGCAGAGGAGGCGCCCUGUAUAGUUUUGCCGGUGGGGGAUGAGCCACGGCCGGACCGUGGUUACCCCGUUCAGCCCCACGUGCGGUUCUGUCAACUGUGGAGGUGGUCUGAUCUGCGCCUGCCCCAAGAGUUGAAAAAACUACCUGUGUGUCAAACUCCUCAUAAUAACGUUAUUAUUUGUGUUAAUCCGUAUCAUUGGAGCUAUCUUAGUAAACCAGAUUCCCCUCCACCUCCUUAUUCUCGGCACCCUCAGGAACUCUCGAAAUCUGAAGAUUCUGCUUUCAGCGAAUCUAGGCUUACCAGUCAAUUAUCAGGUAGCGGUGAAUAUUCAAAGCCCUGGUGUAAAGUAGCCUACUGGGAACUAAACGUCAGAGUUGGAAGGCAGUUUCAGACUUCUAAUCCUACCUUAAAUGUAUUUGCCGAUCUACCUCACGGAGAUGGUAUGUGCCUUGAAACUUUAGCCAGCACACGCAUCACAGAGAAUGCGUCUGUCCUGCAAACUAGGACUAAAAUAGGUCAAGGAAUUACUAUGUUCAAAGAAGAUCAGAAAGUGUGGGUUUACAACAGGUCAGAGUAUCCUUUGUUCGUGAAUUCCCCGACACUGGAUCCUCCUAAUUCAGAAAAACUCACUGUUUACAAAUUGUUACCUGGAUAUUGCAUCAAUAUAUUUGACUAUGAGUUGUCGAAACUUAACCAGCGUUUGAGGGAUUCUUCCACUCUUAAAAAUGGGCCCAUUGAUGAGUAUGCCGUCCGCAUCAGCUUCGCCAAAGGUUGGGGUUCUUCCAAAUACUCAAGACGUUGUAUAACAUGUUGCCCUUGCUGGUUAGAAGUGAUGUUCCUAGUACAUAGGUGACAAAGAGUGCCAUUUCUGAAUUUCAUACCGACCCGUUGCAGGGUUAAUACUAGUCGAGCUUAGUGCCAUUGUGCCAUUUGGCUGGUUGCAGUAUGCCAGCACAGAAUUGGUGCCAACUGAAAUAUAAAUACUUUCUGAGUUGGAUUCUCAAUUAUAUACUGGGUAGUCCAGUGUUGUAUUUUGCGAGAGAGUGGUUAACACUCACUCCUAUGUGAUAAAAGUUUCUAUAUUUGUUGAUGCAUUUAUUCAAUCUAAAAUUAUUAAGUUAUUUUUAGUGUUGCUUGCUUUCUCAGAAUUCACAGAAUGUAGAAGUAUUAAAGGCUAACCCACCAUAAUUUCAAAUCUAGUAUUUAUUAAAUUUGACGAAGCUGCGAUUUUUUUUUUGUUUAACAAAAAUAUUUUUAUGCCUUAAUUUAAAUGCUGUCAAUAUAUGUCAAUUGUGUUCCAUUUCUAGCUAGUUUUUAAAGCUGUUAUGUUUUGAUAUAUUUGUUCUGCAAAAUUGUUUGUUUUGUGGUUUAGUAUGAGAAUAUUUUUUUUUUAUAAUUAUAAUUCCCCCCUUUUUUACUCGUGUUGGAAGGACUUAUUAUUUUUUUUAAUUAUACAAUUGAAGGAAGCAGUUAAUGAAAUUAAUCAAUUGUAUUUCCAUAAAAUUUUAAUUUGCGACAAAAUUAUUGUUUAAUUGUGAUUAAAUUAUUUUUAAUGAUACAGAUAUUUAAACAUACAACAUAAAUUUUGAUUUUAUAAUAAUCUAGGUUAGCUACGUGCUGUUUAAUUUUUUUUCAACAGUUUAACCAAGCACAUCAAACAUUUUUCUCUUGGGAAUUAGCUAUCGCUAAUAUGUAUAUUUUUAUUAUUAUUAAACAUCUGUUUUACUUUCAUUGUGAGAAA